UUCCGGUUCCCCCUCUGAGUGCAAAGCAGGUCUGCUGAGGCAAUGGCAAAGCUAAUUUUGCAGUUAUUCAAAUUAACUGCUUUGUGCUUCGCUGUCGACGCCGUGUUUGAAGAUCAAGUUGGAAAGUUUGACUGGAGGCAGCAAUAUGUUGGCAAGGUUCGUUUUGCCCAUUUUGAUGCACAAACGCAGGCUUCCAAGAAGGUGAUCCUGGCAACUGAAAAUAAUGUCUUUGCUGCAGUGAAUACCAGGACAGGAGAACUUUUGUGGCGACAUGUUGACAAGACUGGGCCAAAUGGACACAUAAAUGCUCUUCUGCAUCAUGGACAAGAUGCGGUGCUGGUGGUGGGUAAUGGCCGCAUUCUGCGCUCCUGGGAUAUAAAUGUCGGUGGUUUGAACUGGGAGAUUGUGCUGGACUCUGGCAGUUUCCAGGCUGCACGUUUGGUUGGCCAGCACGACACAGUGAAGCAGGUGGCUGUUUUGAAAAAAACAGCCUUGUCUCUCCAUUAUCUAUUUAAUGGUCAUCAAAAAUGGAUUGAAAAUCUUCCAGAAAGUGAGACUGUGGAUUACCAGUUUGUGUAUUCUGGAGGAAAUGGGGAAGUGUAUGUCCUGGGAGUCCUGCCUCAUUCCCACAUUGCUAUUGUCACAUACAGUGUGGAGGAUGGCGAGAUAAUCAAGCAGAUUUCAGUUGAAGCUCCAUGGCUGUCCGACAUUGAGGCCAGCUGUGCUAUAGUUGGGCAGGGAAUAUUAACAUGUGUGGAUGCUGCCUCAGCAUCGCUCUACACAGUUGAUAUACAUGCUCAGUCGCAGAUGACCCAAAUUCCUUUGCAGUCACUAGGACUUGAUGUUGCACCCAACUUUCGUCCAAUUUUGGUGUCCACCCAGCCUAAUCCGGCCCGGCCUCCUCUCUCAGAGUUCUUCCUUCAGCUCAGUCCUGAUCAUCACCUGCUUCUCCAGCUCAGCAAUGGUCAGAUAGUGACUCUGAGGGACCUCAAGCCUGCAAUGUUGGCUUCAUUUGCCACCACUGGAGACAAGACUGUUGCUGCCGUUAUGUCACCCAAGAAUAAAACAGCCUGCAGUCUUAACCUCUUCAGUGCAGAAACCGGACGCAGACUUCUUGACACAACCUUGAUUUAUAAUAUGGAUCCUAAUGGUGGGAAAGCAGAGAAGCUGUAUGUGCAGUCCUUCCUGAAGAAAGACGACUCUGUUGGCUACAGGGUGAUGGUGCAGACUGAGGACCACACACUGAGCUUCAUACAGCAGCCAGCACGUGUCAUGUGGACCAGGGAGGAGUCGCUUUCAGACGUGGUCUCCAUGGAAAUGGUGGAUCUUCCCCUCACGGGAACGCAGGCGGAACUGGAGGGGGAGUUUGGCAAAAAGGCCGACGGUCUGAUGUCCAUGGUGCUGAAGCGCCUCUCCUCCCAGCUCAUUCUGCUUCAGGCCUGGAUCUCUCACCUCUGGAAGCUGUUCUACGACGCGCGCAAACCUCACAGCCAAGUUAAAAACGAAGUGUCCAUUGAGACGCUGUCCAGGGACGAAUUUAACUUGCAGAAAAUGAUGGUCAUGGUCACUGCGUCUGGCAAGCUCUUUGGCAUUGACAGCAAGACUGGCACUAUUUUGUGGAGGCACUACCUUGACAACAUCCCAUCCAAUGCAGCCUUCAAACUAAUGGUGCAACGGACCACUGCCCACUUCCCCCACCCUCCUCAGUGCACGCUCCUCAUCAAAGACAAGGAAACAGGCUUGACCACACUCCACGUAUUUAACCCCAUCUUUGGGAAGAAGAGCCAUGUCACACCGCCUGCACUGCCUAGACCAAUACUUCAGUCGCUCUUGCUUCCUCUCAUGGACCAAGAUUAUGCUAAGGUCUUACUUCUUGUUGACGACCAUUAUAAGGUGACUGCCUUCCCCUCUACAAAGAACGUCCUGCAGCAGCUCCAGGAAGUGGCUUCAUCCAUAUUCUUUUACCUAGUGGACUCUAGCCAAGGCAGACUUUGUGGAUACAGACUGCGAACGGAUUUGUCCACUGAGCUGAUCUGGGAGGUGGUCAUCCCCACAGAGAUGCAAAAAAUAGUCUCGGUCAAAGGGAAAAGACCAAAUGAGCAUGUGCACUCCCAGGGCCGAGUAAUGGGUGAUCGCAGUGUCCUCUAUAAGUACCUGAACCCCAACCUCCUGGCAGUAGUGACUGAGAGCACAGACUUGCACCAAGAGCGAAGCUUUAUUGGAAUCCUGCUGAUCGAUGGCGUGACGGGUCGGAUUAUCCACGAAGCUGUUCAGAGAAAGACCAGAGGACCGGUUCAUGUUGUGCACUCUGAAAACUGGGUGGUGUAUGAAUAUUGGAGCACCAAGUCUCGCAGGAAUGAGUUCUCGGUGAUUGAACUGUACGAGGGCAUGGAGUUGUACAACAGCAGCGUGUUCAGCUCUCUGGAUCGACCUCACGCCCCUCAGGUGCUCCAGCAGUCUUACAUUUUCCCUUCAGGCAUCUCCGCCAUGGAGGCCACGCUGACCGAGAAGGGCAUCACCAGCCGCCAUCUGCUGAUCGGCUUGCCUACAGGAGGGAUUUUGUCACUGCCCAAAAUGUUCCUUGACCCCCGGAGACCUGAAAUCAUAUCUGAGCAGAGCAGGGAGGAAAACCUGAUCCCUUACGCUCCGGAGUUGCUCAUUCGCACCGAAUGGUUCGUCAACUACAAUCAAACCGUUUCAAGGGUGCGAGGAAUUUACACUGCCCCCUCUGGACUGGAGUCCACAUGUCUGGUGGUGGCAUACGGUCUGGACAUCUACCAGACGCGCGUUUACCCCUCGAAACAAUUUGACGUUCUGAAAGACGACUACGACUACAUGCUGAUCAGCAGCGUCCUCUUCGCGCUCUUCUUCGCCACAAUGAUCAGCAAGCGCCUGGCGGAGGUCAAACUGCUGAACAGGGCGUGGCGCUAAAGCGGCCGGCCCGGCCUCUUCACAGCCUGGAUGCUGCACGUUGGACCCCGGGAGGCAGAGAGGUCAAAGGAAGAAGAAGAAGAAAAAAAAGGCCCGUAAGGAACUGCAAGAGUGGAUGGGUGGGGUUUCUAAGAAAGAUGAAUAAAGGUUUUAUGUGUUUUUAACUUAUUUGCAGGCAAAGGAAUGAAGUCAUAGAGGAGUAGUUGUAUUUGUGCCAUGUUGUUUGAAUGAAACUGUUGAAAUAUGACUAACAAAAUUGAAACUACUUGAAUUUACUCAUGUUUUUUUCUUUUUUUUUUCUUGCUUGAUUAAACAGUCCUGACAGAGUAAUAAUAAAUACGGCGGUGAGUCAGAUGAUUUCCUAUGACAGCUGUAACAUUUGAUGCAAUGAACUGCACUGAUGUGGCGCGCUGACUCAUCGCGUUUUUUUUGUUUUUUACCACAGAGAAAUGACACUUUCAUUCCCGCUUGUCAAGUCAAUAGCUCAUUUUCCACCACAGGAGCGUUUCUCAUUUACCUGGAAUUUUGAAUAACCUCCAAAAUUGUGGUGUGUAAAAAAAAAAAAAGAAAAAAAAGGAGAGGUGGUAAGCGGUAACCACCUAUUUUGAAUAAAUCACCCUGAACUUUGAGGUGUGGUGUGCGAAAGCAAACCACUUAAAUGAUCAGGAAAUAUUUGACACAGGUUGCAAAAGUUCCUGGAAAUGUUGGUGGAAAAAAGAUCUGUUUGUGUUAACCAUUUUCAGUAAGGUCCGAGCUAAUGCGAAACACUUUCUUCUUAUCUGUACUGUAAAGUUCUAAUUUGAAUGACAAUAAAAGGAAGUCUAAAUCUGAAAAUUUCAGCUAACCCUCAGGGGACAAAGGCAUACUUUUUUGUCCUUUUAGUACAUGUUUGGCCAUAAUCUUUGUGGUACUCCCAUUAUAAAAAAAAAAU